GGCUAGGGACCUACCUUCUAUUGCAUCCGCAAUGCCAUUUCUCAAUCUCACACCGCUUGCCUCUCUCCGCGUCUCCACUCACCAAAUACCCCGCCAUAACCUCAUCCCAAACACCUCCAUUCAAUCCAAGCCUCUCCUGAUCUACCACUCCUGUCUUCCCUCCUCAGUCACAGCCUCAAGCAUCGAGGCCCAUCUCAAAGAAACCGGCGUGGUGGUCCCACAAUGGCGAUAUACAAUGUACAACGUUACCCAUUUCCACAGCUCUACUCAUGAAGUGCUCUGUAUUUUCUCUGGCCAUGCAAAAUUAUGUUUUGGCGGAGAAUCCAACCCUUCAAAAGUUGAAACAGAGGUCCAAAAGGGAGAUGUGAUAAUCAUCCCAGCUGGAGUCGCUCAUCGCCUUCUCAAUGACUUCAACAGUGAUUUUCAAAUGGUGGGAAGCUAUCCUAGAGGGAAGCACCCCGAUAUGUGUUGCGGGAAGAAGGAAGAAGAGGAGAAAGUCAAAGGCAUUUCCGGAUUGGAGUGGUUUGAGAGGGAUCCUUUGUACGGCGAUGACGGACCUUUGUUGAGAGAGUAGAGCACGACUUUCCGUUGAGAUGGAUGCAAAAAAGAUGUACGUAAACGUAAAUACAUUAUUUCAUUAGUGAAAUAUGUCUCGAUAUGUCGCAUAUAUAUAGCUUGCACUCGUAGAAAAUGCCCAAACCAACAACGCCUUGCUAGAUAUGAUGUUAUGUGCUCCUGUACCUAACUCAUACAUCCAAGACCGCAUUUUAUGCAAGGAAACUUAGUCACUUUCUUCUCUGCC